GCGGGGCGCCGGAGAGGCUGGCGGCUCCCUCGACGGCGUUCCCCUCGCCCCUUCCCUCCUUCUUGCUUCUCUCUCUCUCUCUCCGUCUCUCUGGCUGGGGAUGGGCUCCCCUGAGGCGUCCCGGCUCCGCUCGCUCUUCCUGGCUUGCGACGUGAACGGCUCGGGCCGCAUCGAGCGCGACGACUUCGGCUCCUUGUGCGCCGAGCUGCGGGUCCGUCCCGAGGAGGCCGAGGCCAUCUUCCAGCGCCUGGACUCGGACCGCGACGGCGCCAUCACCUUCCAGGAGUUCGCCCAAGGCUUCCGCGGGGCCCUGCCUGCCUCCUCGCCGCAUCCCCCGCGUCGGAAGGAGCCUGGCAUGGAGCAGGAGGACGACGACGCCGCUCUGGACGCUCCCUCCGAGGCCCCUGGGGCGCCCAGCCCGGCCUGGCGGGAUUUCGAGCUCCGGCUCGGGGAGGAAGCCGACUACAUCCCCAGACAAGAGCAGGUCAGCGUUCUGUAUCAGAACAUCAAUAUCGUGGAACCAAGAUUAAUUCAACCGUAUGAGCAUGUUAUUAAGAACUUUAUUCGAGAGAUCAAGCUUCAGAGCACAGAGAUGGAAAACUUAGCCAUAGCCGUGAAAAGAGCACAAGACAAAGCAGCAAUGCAGCUUGGUGAACUAGAAGAAGAAAUGGACCAGCGGAUACAGGCCGCAGAGCAUAAAAUCAAGAAGGAGGAAAAACGGAAAGCAGAAGAGGCUUUGAAUGAUCUGAAGCGGCAGUAUGAAGCAGAAGUUGGAGACCUCCAAGUGACGAUAAAAAAGCUAAAAAUGCUUGAAGAACAAUCUAGAAAUAUUAACCACAAAGAAGAUUUGGCAGCCUUAAAGACCAGGAUACAUGAUCUGACCAUGGAAAACCAGAAACUUAAAAAAGACCUUAUGGAAGCACAGACAAAUAUUGCAUUCCUUCAGAGUGAAUUAGAUACUUUGAAAAGUGACAUUGCAGAUCACAGUUUGAGUUCUGAACGAGACCUAGACAUGAUCAGAGAGUACACAGAAGACAGAGAUAGUUUGGAAAGGCAGAUAGUGAUUCUACAAUCAGCUAAUAGGAAACUUCAUGACAGCAAUGAUGGCUUAAGAAGUGCAUUAGAGAAUAGUUGGAGCAUGUACAACAAAUCACUGCGUCUAACAAAUACUUCACCAGGGAACACACUUUCCAGAAGCAGUCCAAAACGCAGUGGUGGACAUUCUCCACAAAUCCCACAUUAUGACGGGUUAUCUCAUUCAUCAUAUGUUGAUGAAGACUAUGAUUCUCUAGCACUUUGCGAUCCUAUGCAGAGAAGAAACUGUGAGGUUGAUAGCCUUCCUGAAAGUUGCUUUGACAGUGGCUUGUCUACUUUGAGAGACUCAAAUGAAUAUGAUUCAGAAGUGGAACUGAAGCACCCAAGAAUUUCUCAAAGGUCGCAGUGUCUUCAGGAAGGCUCAACUGGUGAUGCUUCUGAUACAGAUGUUCCAGAUAUCGGAGAUGAAGAGGUGUAUAGUCCUGAUGAAGUCAGUACAGUGUUGGAUUGGAAACCUGGCCAGCCAGUAAGUCGAAACAGUUCUGGAGCUUCAACAAGGAAAUGUAUCCCUGUCAUCUCUCCUCAGUCAGAUGCCACAGACAGCAGCUCUAGAUAUCCAAGCUCAGAAAAGGCUUACAAGAUAGUUCUUGCUGGGGAUGCUGCAGUUGGGAAAUCAAGUUUCUUGAUGAGGCUUUGCAAAAAUGAAUUCCGGGGAAACACCAGUGCAACUCUAGGGGUUGACUUUCAAAUGAAGAGGCUCAUUGUUGAUGGGGAACCAACAGUGUUACAACUGUGGGACACUGCAGGACAAGAGAGGUUCCGUAGUAUUGCUAAAUCAUACUUCAGAAGAGCAGAUGGAGUGCUUUUGCUGUAUGACGUUACCUGUGAGAAGAGUUUCCUUAAUGUACGAGAAUGGGUGGAUAUGAUCGCGGAUGCAACACAUGAAAACAUCCCAAUCAUGAUGGUGGGAAAUAAAGCUGAUCUCCGCCAGGUAGUUUCUGAAAAAGGACACAAAUGUGUCCCGAUCAACUAUGGAGAAAAAUUGGCCAUGACUUACAGUGCUUUAUUCUGUGAAACCAGUGCUAAAGAUGGUUCCAAUAUUGUGGAGGCAGUACUUCAUCUGGCUCGAGAAGUGCGAAAAAGAAGUGACAACAAAGAGGAUGACAAGACAGUAACAAACCUUACAGGGACAACCCUAAAAAAGUCUAUGUUCACCAAAAACUGUUGCAGUAUAUAAAAAACUAAGCCAUUUUUGGUCUUAAAGGCAUCUGGCUAUUUUUUUUUAAAUGAAGGAUUUAGGCAUAAGUUGCACAGGAUGACUGGUGGAGCAGAAAAUGGGGACCAUUGCCCUACAGCCACCAAGUUCAUCAAGGAUGAUCAGCAGCAUCAGAUGAUGUGUUGAACAAAACCAAGCCAAUGAGUGUGAGAUGUUUGGGCUCAAAGCAGCAACAACCACAUCUGUAUUUCGGUUUUUGAAUGGAAGCCCAUCUAUCAUACCACUUGUGCCUUUUAAAGUCAACUGGCCUAGUAAGAACUUUACAAAGGCAUACUUCCUACCAAGAAAAUAUGGUUGAGCUUUACACAGAUUCUAUGGGUCAUUCUCUGACUUGUGUCAUGAAAGACUUGUGCUUCUGGUCCUGUAAUUUCAUCACCAGUCUGAAAUUCACAAUCAGGCUUGCUUCAAAGGACUUUGGGAGUUCUGGACAUUUCCAUGUAAUGCCUGCAGUAAGAUUGGGAGAGGCAUGAUACCACUUGACAUCAAGGGAACUGAACCAGGAUUGAGAGGAAGAUUUGAUUGUGUCCAAAACUGAAAAAAAACCCUUUGGUUUCAUCUGGAAACUUUGGAAUUAAUUAACAAGUCUACAUUCACACCUCUGUGUGGAAUCGUUAACUCCUUCUUAUUGUAUUGGAAAGGUUUUUGGGCUGUACUGCUCCAGACUACAGAUAGACAUUCCAGACUGAUGGGAAAUGCACUCCUGUUUGAAAAAAAUGAGGAUGUUUAGAAGAACGUUUUCUCAGAUAUUUUGUUACAUAGAUACAGAACACUAUUAGUAUUAGAAACCAUAUGGGCAGUGCAAUCUGAAAUGGUAUAGCUCAGUGGUGGUUCCCGUGUUAAUGCAAUGAUGACUCCAAUCCAGGUUUUAAUCCAGGCUUUAAAGGAGUUUUUCAAGAUUUUAAAUCUUUUUCCUAAAUAGGUUCAGUGCCUUAGGGCUCAUCUUCAUGGAUCAAAUGAGAUGGUGUGGGGACAAAUGAACUCUUUGGUGUCCACAAGAUGCAUGGGGCCCGUACCUGCAUGAAGUGGCCUUGUCCCACAUUUUAAAAAGUGGGAGGAUGUGCUAGAGCAAUGGUUCUCAACAUGUGGGUCCCCAGGUGUUUUGGCCUACAACUCCCAGCAAUCCCAGCCAGUUGACCAGCUGUUAGGAUUUCUGGGAGUUGAAGGCCAAAAACAUCUGGGGACCCCAGGUUGAGAACCACUGUGCUAGAGCUUCUCCAAAGCUCCGGAGUUCACUUGCACUUUGUGGCAGUGUAAACAGUUUGGAGCUGGCCGGGGCUUCAUAUGGCCAUCCUGUUUCCUGCUGGCUUGGGCAGUGUUGGACAAGAGAUUGCUCUUACCAUUUCUCUCAUGUCCUUAACUUAGCAGCAACUACCAGGUGUGAUGCUGCUGGUGGAUGUUGCUCAUUACAUCUGCUGAUGUUGGCCGGAGCACUGUAGCAAUCUAAGAAGAUGCCUCAUCUUCUAUCUGGAGCUUUGGUUUAGGCAUCGCUGGGCUAUGUGGACUCCAGCCAUUCACCAGGCCAGCUUGAUGGUACACAGUGCAGACUCCUGUGGUGCUGAUUCGGGCUACCCAACUCUGGAACAGCUCCAAGGGAUGUGGCCCAUGUAUAUGGGCCUUUAGACAGCUCCUUCAAAUGUAGUCAAAUCAUGGAUUGGAUUCACCACUCCAUAAAUAUGGGAGCUAUCACCACUAGUGGUAUAGCUGAGAUGAAGGCUUGUCUUUUAAAUUAGAACUUAAAACGGCCACGUGCCACUUCCUGGAAGACCCACUACUUCCUUCCCGCCACUCAGGGCCAAAGGGAGAAAGAAAAAAAAACCUAUUUUAGACUGUAGCUUCAUAAAACAGGUUUCUGAGUGGUCUUGUCUCAGAAUUCUUUCUGUCACUUUGAAAACUCAAACCUUUCCUUUAGUCUGAGUUGUAAAUAUGAGUCCUCAUUCUUUCGAAGUCACAAACGAAUCUGUUUAAAAUUCCCUUUGGAGUAUGAUUGUGUUGUGCAUACUUUUACUUUAUUGAGUGGAAAAUUUCAUUAUUCCAACAGAAUUAUCUUCAUCAUGAAAAGGAAAAGUCCAGUUAUUAGGUUCCUAGGAAGUUGAGCAUGACUCGUAGAUGCGUUGGCCAGAGAAAAAAAUUGGACUCUUUCACAUGUUUUAAAUGUUUUAUUGCAGUUCUAGAUUUAUAUUAUUUUCUUUUGAUUAAUUUAUAAAGACUAGUCUAUUUUUAUAGAUGUAAAUUUUUUUAUUUUGCUUUUCUGUGCUCAGCUUUAGCAGUGUUUUAAAAUUGGGGCUGAGAGGCCCUUUCUUUGAAACAUUGGUUUGUUGUUCAUAACUGUAGCUGAUAGACUAGGAGAUAAGUCCAUAUUUGCCGGUUUCAAAGAGGACUCUUUUAUUGUAGGACUGUAAAGACUCCAAAGAUAAACACAUGAAAUGUUCAAUGACUCAAAUGACAUGAAAAAAAAUUGUUUGGUUGGAUCCUCUUGGGUAUUUUAAAAAAUGGGCUGAGAGGUCUAUACUCUCUAUACUCUUGGAUAUUUUAAAAAAUGGGCUGAGAGGUCUAUACUCCCACUACUAAAUCUGUGCUGUCCACACAUACUGCAUGAUUAUUGUAGAACAUAAUAUAUUAUUUGAUAAGCAGCAUAACCCUAAAGUACAUAUGAGUUUGGGAUGAUGAUUUAAUAUUAUCUGUGCUUUAAUGUUACCUGAGUCAACCAUGUCUUUCUUUCUGGAUGGUUGGAUAUGCCUGAAUUUGGAACCCUGGUUAGUUUAAAUUAUAAUUAGCCAAUAUGCCAGAACCAUCAGCUACCAUUUCAUUUUGAGUUUCUUAAACUAACAAAAUUAUAAAGCAACCAGAAUUCUUUUGGAUUCAUGUACAACAAAGAAAGCUCAUUAUUUUUAAAGUUGACGAUUAGCAUUUCUGCACAGGAAUAGAGAGGGGGAAAUGUACAGACUCAAAGUUGAAGCAUAUAAUGCUAAACUUUAAUGUUUUGUCUAAAAAAGCCUGUAUUGUGGGAAUAUGCAAUUGGGGAUUCUCAAAUUACAUUGGAGAGCUUAACAGUGGAGAUUUUUUCAAGGCGUUAGUGAGAAAGGAUGCAAGUUGGUAUGAACUGAAAUCAUUCAGAUACAAAUACGACUUUCUGCAUGAACUGUCACAAGUGAUUUUUAGAUUGUUCUCUUAAAAAUAUAUACAUGCAUCCAUGAAUAACCAUUCAGAUAUGUAGGUUACAGCUGCCAGUUUCAUUGUUUUGUUAUUUUUUGUGAGCUUAUAAAAACAAAUCUUUAUUGUCUUUUAUAUGUAAACAAGAAAGUUAUUAAAAGUAUGAGAAUUUUUAGAAUAAACAAUAUUGGCCCAGGACAAGAAUAUGAACAAUAACUUUUGGGAGAAGAAAUACGGGAAAGAAAUGAGAGAAAAAAUAGAAAUAAAUGGAGCUUAAAUCAACAUAUUCUCUUAACAUCCUGAGUUCAUUUUGAAAAGGUUGUUGCCUUAAAAAAAACACCUUAGGAUUUUAUCACCAAAGGGAGUACCUUUUUGAUUGGGAUAUAUCAGGCAUCCUCGACAUGUGGCUCUCCAGCUGUUUGGGCCUCCAACCCCCAGAAGUCCUAGCCAGCUUGUUCGAUGGUCAGAAAUUCUGGGAGUUGGAGGCCCAAACAGCCAGUUGGAGGAUGCCUGUGAUACUUAGGCAGGGCUUACAAAAGUCCCUUUAUUGAACUACAGGUUCUUGACUCCUGUAGGCAGCCUGGCAGGUAUGUUGAGAGAUACUGGGAGCAGUAGCCUCAAAAUGCAUUAUUUCCCAAAUUUGUGUAUGCAUCUAGGUCUUGGUAUAGGAUAUUUAAUUGCUUAGAAACUGCAUUGUAGCAGAGCUCAUGUAAAUCUGGAAUUCUUGUGUUUUAAAUAGGUUCAUUGUAAAAAAAAAAAAACCACCACACCAACAUAUAGGAAAAUGGCAGCAGAGAUGUACUAGCCCACCAAUAAUGUCCCGUUUAAAUCAGCAUAAUUGCACUUUUGAUCACUUUAGAUUCUUUUGAAGUCACUAGCCAUUCUUUGAGGACAUGAGACCUUCUAGGAAUAUAUGGAGCUUCCCAACCAUCAAGAACUCCCUGUCCUUAAUUUUUGGAAUUAGAAUUGCAUGCGUGUUCUGAGGUCUAGUGACAUCUACAUACACACUCAUGUUAGUAGGCUUAUCCAUUUCCAGAAAUUCCUGGAAUCCAUAGGGAUAUGGCAUAUGUGUUUAAUCCCAAAUGUAUUUAUGCCAGCAUGUGUGAUCAAUGGCUUUCAGUCAGAUUUAUGAAAAUAAUUCCCAGCAGGUUUCUAGAGUGCGUAAUUUGUAGAUCUAGCUGCAAAAGUAGUAUUUCUUAUUUAUUGACUUUCCAUGUUGCCUUAUACAUAUAUAUUUAUUAUAAAAGGGAAAAUCUUUGUAUAUAGUUGUUUCUGGUGAAUCCUGUACAUAAGAUUUAUUUUUAUGCAUUACGCAGUAGCGAGUACUGUUGUUUCUUCUUUACUGCCUUGACUUGUUUUAAAGCUUGCCAUAUAUCAUGUUUUUAAGGCAGUGGUUCUUGCAGUUAGUCCUCUGAAAAGUUAGAUCUACCAAGUGCUUUUGUUAUUUAACAGAUGCAGAGAGAUUGUGUGCCAAAAUGUGUGAUGCUAAAAUGUCUUAGAAUAAAAAUGAUAUAUAACACAUGAA